AUAUCUCACUCAGUAAAAAAAGGAUUAGUUCAUAUGGUUUAUAGUUGGAAGCAUUAUCAUCGUCUUCGUCUUCAAUCUUCUACACGAAUGUCCAAGUGAAAUUUUGACUCUUUCAGCUUCUCUCGCCAUCUCUAAUGGCGAUCCCUUCCUUCCUCUCUCCAAAUUUACCCUUUUGCCCUUCGACCAAACUCGUUCCUAUUCGACUCACCCUUUCCUCCUCCUCCUCCAUUUGUUGUAUCUCAGUAGACCGCCAAAUUAACCAUUCCUCCGUCUCCGACGAUAUCUCCAGCUUACGAGUAGUCAUAUCCGCUGGAGGCACCGCCGGACACAUCUCUUCGGCGCUAGCGAUCGGCGACGAGCUGAAAUCAGCCGACCCACUUGCUCGGAUCCUCUUCAUCGGAUUCCCAAACAGUAUGGAGAGCACGACGGUUCCCUCCGCCGGAUUCGAUUUCUCAGCAAUCUCCACCGUCGGAUCAUCAUCGUCCCGACCAUUCCUUUGCUUCACUUCUUUCCUCAAAUUCCCUCUCCGCUUGAUCCAAUCCACCUUCGAAUCCUACAAAAUCCUCCGUGAAUUCAAACCUCUAAUCGUCGUCGGAACCGGAGGACACGCCUCUUUCCCGGUCUGUUUCGCCGCCGUGAUCUCAAGAACCAAAUUCGUAAUCCAAGAACAAGAUUCAAUCCCUGGAACCACCAAUUGGAUUCUCUCUUUCUUCGCCGACACAAUCUUCGCUCCUUUCAACUGUACAGUCACUAACCUCCCCAAACGAGUCGCCGGGAAGUGUGUCGUCUACGGGAAUCCGAUAAGACAAGCGCUUAGAAAGUACUCGUCGAAAGGAGCGGCACGUGUGAGCUUCUUCGGACAGUGGGCUGGAGCUGUGUCGGAAGCGAAAGUUGUGCUUUUGCUUGGUGGGUCUUUAGGAGCCAAUGCCAUUAACAUAGCUUUGCUUAACUGUUACUCGCAGUUGUUGUCUGAACAUGAGAACUGGUUCUUUGUUUGGCAAACUGGUGUUGAAGCUUUUGAUGAAAUGGAUAGUCUUGUUAGAAGCCAUCCUCGUCUCUUUCUAUCUCCGUUCUUGCGAUCAAUCGGUGUGGCUUACGCGGCUGCAGAUUUGGUUAUAUCGAGAGCGGGUGCAAUGACUUGCUCAGAGAUUAUGGCUUUAGGCAAACCUUCUAUUCUGAUACCAUCACCACAUAGCGAUGAAGGGGAUCAAGUAAGGAAUGCUUCUUUAAUGGCAGACAUUGUUGGAUCAAAGUUAAUAACAGAAGAGGAGCUAGAUACGAUAACUCUUCGAGCUGCCAUGGAAGAUAUUCUAGGGAAUGAAGAACUGAUGGCGGAAAUGAGCGAGCGGGCAUUCAAAGCUGCGAAACCCGACGCUGCAUCAGAUGUUGCUAAACACAUUAUUUCUAUUAUCAAAUCCAAAGAUAAGUAGGUAAAUUUAGUGUUACAGAUUACAUUAGUGUUGUGAAACCAAGUAUGUGUAUGAUUGAUGAGCCUCUUGUAGAUUUUGAAGAACUAUUUGUUGAUUUGUGUUGCCGAAUUUGGCCUUGCAAUAGAGAGUGAACAAAAAAAAUCUUUAAAUGGAAAUAGUUGCGUUCUUCUUCCUGUUACCUUUACUUUGUAUAUAUGAAUCAAAACUUGUCCUUUGUAUCUUCCUUAAACUCAAUGAUCUUUCCGAGUCGGGAACCUUCUCUGCGACGCAGCUCUCUUGAGAAUGUAUAACUGGGAUCAGUGUAUGUAAAUGAAGUUAAGCUAUUUUC